UAUUGCUCUAAAAAACCUUCCACUUCCUCUUUGUCCCGGAUGGGAGCCGCGGCCCUGCGCUGGGCCUGGGGUCAGGGUCCUGGGUCCUGGUCCCAGUGACAGGCGGCGAGGUCCUGGACAGCCCUGAGGCCGCGGUGCCUGGUGGAAUUCACCAUGGAGAACAAGCGUAACAUCCAGAUCAUUGAGUGGGAGGACCUGGACAAGCGCAAGUUCUACAUCUUCGGCGUGCUGAUGACCAUGGGCAUCCGCCUGAGCAUCUACCCCUUCACUCUCAUCCGCACCCGCCUGCAGGUCCAGAAAGGCAAGAGCCUGUACACGGGAACCUUCGACGCCUUCGCCAAAAUCCUGCGGGCCGAAGGGAUAUCAGGCCUGUACCGUGGCUUCCUGGUCAACACCUUCACCCUCAUCUCUGGUCAGUGCUACGUCACCACCUACGAGCUGACACGCAAGUAUGUGGCGCAGUACAACAACAGCAACGUGCUCAAGUCGGUCAUCGCCGGCGGCUCGGCCUCGCUGGUGGCGCAGAGCAUCACUGUCCCCAUCGACAUCGUCUCGCAGCACCUGAUGGUCCAGGGCCAGGCCAUGGGGCGCUUCCAGCUCCCGGCCCCGCUACCGGACAAGGAGGGGGCUGCCCCCGGCCGUCGGCUUUUUAUGGGCCACACCAAGGACGUGAUGCUGCAGAUAUUCCGGCUGGAUGGACUGCGCGGCUUUUACCGAGGAUACGCAGCCUCCCUCAUGACCUACAUUCCCAACAGCGCACUCUGGUGGCCGUUCUACCAUCUCUACGCAGAGCAGCUCUCCCACAUGACACCGAGCGUCUGCCCUCAUCUUGUUGUGCAGGCCGUGGCUGGACCCCUGGCUGCUGCGACCGCCUCCACCCUCACCAACCCGAUGGAUGUUAUCCGCGCCCGUGUUCAGGUGGAGGGACGAUGCUCGAUGGUCCAAACCUUUAAGCAGCUGAUGGCCGAGGAGGGUGCCUGGGGACUGACCAAGGGGCUGUCGGCCCGCAUCCUGUCCUCCACCCCCUCUGCCGUCUGCAUCGUGGUGGGCUACGAGACCCUGAAAAAGCUGAGCCUCCGACCCGAGCUGGUGGACUCCCGGCACUGGUAGCCCACGCGGGCCGAGUGGCUGCCAAUGAGCCUUGUAAAUAUGGUGAGGGGGCCGCGGAGGUCAUCCUGGACUUUGGUUCAACAUGUGUGCAUUGCAAGCUUGGUCACGAGACGUGAAAUUCACAGACCAUUUAAACCCCCCCCCCACCCAGAGUGGGCUUUUAACUCAAACC